AUGCCUAAAGCGGAAAACAAGGCACGUUCGGGGAAGGAGAUCUCCCAGGAUGCGGCAAGGGCUAUUAUGGAUGACAUUCGUGUACUGAAUGGGGGAUUACCGGAGGAGGACUGGCAGAGAAUGAGUGAGAAAGGAAAGAGAUCUCACAUGAACCUUCAACUACUAGCAGGAAACGGCAUCAUUCAUGUGGCAAAGGAUCUAUACGAUGCCGAUGCUCGAUUUAUCUUUGAACUGAUUCAGAACGCAGACGACAACAAGUACAGCGCAGCAGAUCAUCAAGGUCAACUGAGGUUCCUUCAUUUCAAAUUGCACCAUGACAGGAUAAUGGUGGAAUCGAAUGAAGAUGGUUUCAGCGAACAAGAUAUUCGAGCCAUUUGCAGCAUCCACCAGAGCACCAAACGCCAAGCAGGUGGUUACGUCGGUCACAAAGGAAUUGGUUUUAAAUUAGUCUUCAAGGUUGCGCAUAAAGUACAUAUCCAAUCGGGUCCUUUUUGUUGUUCAUUGGAGCACAAAGAAGGAGAGUCUGGCCUGGGCAUGGUUACCCCAUCCAACGUGGCACGCGAAAACCUCCCCGAGACUGUCAAGACCCGCAUGACUCUGUUACUGGCCAGCGCCGACGACUUUGACGCACGCGCUCGAGAAUUGAAGGAUCCCUUGGACCAGGAAAGGUGUUAUCGCACUGAGCUUCCCAAAGUAUUGUCAAGCCACCUUGGGAUCCGCGAUGAAAAAGCCCUGCAAACCUUUCGCACCGUCUUCACGACCAGCGAGAAAAUCCUUGAAAGUAUUCUCAAUGAUGACGGAAUAAUAUCAUUCUCUCACCCAGAAAGCCGAGAAGCAGAGUCACAGUCUUCAGACGGGACAGACUCUGAUGCCAUCUCCAUUAGCUCUCAUGUCUUGUCUAGAGAGGAUUCAGGUGAAGGACCAACAUUCAAUUCACGAAUUAGAGACUCAAGCCCAGUCAACCAUGGAAUUCGAAACAUGACAUCUGGGAGCACAAACUCUUAUGUAUUUUCACAGAAUGUUCGAUCAACACACAGGGCCCAUCAGCUGCAGCGAGCCGUUCAUCGUCACGUUAUCUCAUCUUCUCCAGGUCGCACUAACCCCGACCUCGGCACCAUAAUUGGCCAGGCCCAGUAUGUUGAAGCGCUAACAAAUGUUAUCAACCAAGCACGGGGUGCAAACUUCCGCGGAACUCUACAAACUCCAGCACGCACCCACCGGAAUAAUCGGAAUAGUGUGUCGGGAUAUGGCUUUAGCAUUGAGUCACCCAAUCGAUUGGACCGUGACAUUAAGGUUGGCGCUGCUGGUGAAUUAUAUGUCUUCGAGCGUCUUUUACAACUCGAUCUUCCAGGCUUCAGCCGAUCAAAUUGGAGAAGCACCAUCCGCAAGAAUGUUAUUGUUCACCCAGACUACCAGAAUCUCGCCCCCUGGAACGGAUCUGAGACCGCCGAUAUAGUAUAUUACGACUCGGAUUCGGUUCUGACAUCUAUUCUGAUCAAUGAGGGGCAUCUCCCCGGGUCACCAAGGAAUAAUAUCACACCAACCUACUACAUAGAAGUCAAGACGACCACAUCUGAAUGUGAAACUCCGUUUUUCAUGAGCAAUAGUCAAUACGUGCGGAUGCAAUCAUAUGCAUUAAGACUGGGGGCUGGGCCCACGGAAGACGACAGAGUCUAUAUGAUCUUCAGAGUCUCCAAGGUCACGAGUCGCAAUAUAGGGAUGAAACUAUACUUCGAUCCUGAGAAGCUACGACAAGAGAGGAGACUCAUUUUCACAGCAGACACGUGGAGUGUCCGCCCUCCUGAAUUCUGA